AGCCGGCGCUGCUCGCUCCGCUUUGCUUACUUUGCCCCUGAACUUUACUCGCGGAGCGCGUGCUGCUGCUGCUGCCGCUGCGUGGAGCAUCACGGGUCUGCGGACGGGAGGUUUCGGAGAACUUGCUCCGGCGAGAUGGACUAAAACGGGCGCCCACCCUGUUAAAGAGCGCGGAUAACUCCAAGAGAAGACGCGUGUUUUUCCCCUUCUCUCGCUCCUUCUUCUUGUUGUUUGUUUUUGUUUGCGGGGAGCACGACCUGCCUUCACCACCAUGGAAGAGGACGAAGCGCACCCGGAGAACGGGAUCCACGUCGCUAAGGACUCGGACCGACAGCAGCGGCUCAGGCUCUGCGUCCUGAACGAGAUCCUGAACACGGAGCGGGACUACGUGCGGACGCUGCUCUUCCUCCAGUCGGCGUUUUUGCAAAGAUUCAAACAAAUUCCAGAUGACCAGCAGUGUCUUUCCCCUGAACAUGUCAAGAUCCUGUUUUCAAACAUUGAGGACAUCCUGGAGCUGCACAAAGAGGUGUUGUCUGCCGUGGAGGCCAGCCUGCAGCCCGAACCCCAUCCUAACCACUCGCUGGGCCACGUGUUCCUCCAGUUUAGGCAGAGUUUCUCAGUGUACGGCGAGUACUGCAGCAACCACGAGAAGGCUCUGCGGCUUCUAAUGGAGCUAAACAAGAUUCCCAACAUAAGGACCUUUCUACUGCACUGCAUGCUGCUUGGAGGAAAGAAGAGCACAGACGUCCCCCUGGAGGGUUACCUUCUUAGUCCCAUUCAGAGGAUCUGCAAGUACCCUCUGCUGCUGAAGGAACUACUUAAAAGGACACCUAAGAAGCACUCGGAUUAUCCUGCCGUGGAGGAGGCUCUGCAGGGCAUGAAGGCCGUCUGCUCCAACAUCAACGAGACCAAGAGGCAGAUGGAGAAACUGGAGGCUCUCGAACAGCUGCAGUCCCACAUUGAAGGCUGGGAGGGAACCAACCUCACGGAUAUCUGCACGGAGCUGCUCCUCCACGGAAAUCUUCUCAAAAUCUCGGCGGGCAACAUCCAGGAGCGCGUCUUCUUUCUCUUUGACAACCUUUUGGUUUACUGCAAAAGGAAGUCCAGGGUAUCUGGGAAGAAGUCCACAAAGAGGACCAAGUCCAUCAACGGGCCUCUCUAUGUGUUCAGAGGUCGGAUCAACACAGAGGUGAUGGAGGUGGAAAAUGUGGAAGAUGGAACAGCGGACUAUCACAGCAACAAUUACACAGUAACUAAUGGCUGGAAGAUUCACAACACGGCUAAGAACAAGUGGUUUGUCUGCAUGGCCAAAAAUGCAGAGGACAAGCAGAAGUGGCUGGAUGCCAUCUUGAGAGAACGGGAGCAGAGAGAGAGUCUCAAGUUGGGGAUGGAGCGGGACGCCUAUGUGAUGAUAGCGGAGAAGGGAGAGAAGCUCUACCACAUGAUGAUGACCAAGAACAGGCACCUGAUUAAGGAUCGGCGCAAGAAGCUCAGCAUUGUGCCCAAGUGCUUCAUGGGAAAUGAGUUUGUGUCGUGGCUGAUUGAAAGCGGUGAGAUCAGUAACGCUGAUGAGGGUGUAAACCUGGGACAAGCCUUGCUGGAGAAUGGCAUCAUUCACCAUGUGUCAGACAAACACCAGUUCAAGAAUGAGCAGGUGUUGUACCGCUUCCGCUAUGAUGAUGGCACCUACAAGGCCCGCAGUGAGAUGGAAGACAUCAUGUCAAAGGGCGUCAGGCUUUACUGCCGCCUUCACAGCCUCCACACACCCGUCAUCAAGGACAGAGACCACCAUCUGAAAACCUUUAAAUCUGUUUUGCCUGCUAGCAAACUGGUGGACUGGUUAAUCUCACAGGGAGACUGCUCUAACAGAGAGGAUGCUGUGACCCUGGGAGUUGGGCUUUGCAACAGCGGCUACAUGCACCACGUUUUGGAGAAGAGCGAGUUUAAAGACGACUCACAGUUCUUCCGUUUCUAUGCUGACGAAGAAACAGAGGGAACCGGCACCAAGAGCAAGCAGCUUCAGCGAAAUGACUUCAAACUCAUAGAAAACAUCCUUGCCAAGUCACUUGUGAUCCACCCCGAGGAGGAAGACUACGGCUUUGAGAUCGAGGAGAAGAACAAAGCGAUUGUGGUGAAAUCUGUCACCAGGGGCUCACACGCAGAGAUGGCCGGCCUGCAGGCGGGCAGGAAGAUCUACACCAUCAACGAGGACCUGCUGUUCCUCAGGCCCUUUUCAGAGGUGGAAGCCAUGAUCAACCAGGCCUUCUGCAUACGACGCUCUCUGCGGCUGCUGGUCGCCACCAAAGCCAAGGAGAUCGUGAAGAUCCCUGACAACCCAGAAAGUCUCUCCUUCAGACUGUCUGGAUGUGAACCUCCACACGUCCACGCUGUGAGAAAAGGCUGGGAGGCGGCCGCUGCAGGUCUUCAGCCUGGCCAGGUUGUCCUGAAAGUCAACGGCAACAAUGUGAACCGCACCGAUUACCAGGAGGUCCUGGAGCACUUCAGCGCCCAUCACACCCAUCAGGAGUCCCCUCAAGCAUGUCACUGGGUGUACCGCACGUUUGAGGAUGUGGAGGAGCUGCAAAGACCAAGCAGUGCAGGUGAGAAGGAGGAGAGCCCUUUCAGGCCUUACCCGGUGGAGAACGGCUCCAACCACGAGGAGGGGAACACCGCCUAUGGAACAGACCACCGGCUCUGCAGACUUUCGCUCUCCAACGAUCUGCCUCUGGUCAGCCUGACGGUUGAUAACGUCCACUUGGAGCACGGAGUGGUCUACGAAUACGUGAGCACUGCUGGUGUCAAGAGCCACGUCCUGGAGAAGAUGGUGGAGCCCAAAGGCUGCUUCGGCCUGACUGCUAAGAUCCUGCAGGCUUUUUCUGGUGACGACAGCCUCUUUGUCCGUAACUGCAGCCAGCUCAUCUCCCAGAGCGAUCGAGUUGUUACCAUGCCGCAGUACGAGUUCAGACAAAUCUGCGACACCAAGCUGGAGAGCAUCAGACGUCGUAUCAGCAACUACCAGCAGUUUGCUAAGGAGCUAAGGAACAAGGCGUGGCCCUCCUUCAGACAGGCUGGCGUUCGUCCCCACCCACUGGGCUGCAUGGACUUUGUUCCCACAAACUGCCAUGUGAACCUGAUGCAAGUCUCCUACCCUAAAAGCACCACCUCUGCCGGCAGGACCUUCAGCAUCCGCUUCGGUCGCAAAAACUCCAUUUAUGGCAUCGACACAGACCACGCACAACUGAGCCCCAUGUCACACACCCAACAUUGUGUGACCAGCAUGGGCGCUCCUUCCUGGAGCUGCUCCGGCCUGGAAGGGGAUGAGGCAGAUGGCAGGAGGGAGGAGACCCUGGACGGAGGCGAGAGUCUGACGGACGGUCAGCAGGGCAUCCACGGAGAAGGUGGGCUGAGUUUCCUGCUCAAACAGGAAGACACAGAGACGCAGGACGCCUACAUUUACUUGUACAGCCGCUUGGAUGUUGCAUUGAGGGAGAUGAAGCAGUAUGUUGCUCAAAUAGAUGUCCUGCUGUCAUCAAUCACUGAACCUACGCAACUGGAAGGGGAGAGUGGCGAGCCUCCCGCUGACGAGGCUGGACCGCCACCUUCUCUGGCCCCCUGCGAAGACGGCUGUGACCAGGACAAAGCGGAGCAAGGCGGCAUUAAAAAGGUUUGCUUUAAAGUGAACGAAGAAGACCAGGAGGACUCUGGGCACGACACGAUGAGCUACAGGGACUCCUACAGCGAAUGCAACAGCAACAGAGAUUCGGUGCUGUCCUACACCAGCGUACGAAGCAACAGUUCUUACCUGGGGAGUGAUGAGAUGGGAUCAGGGGACGAACUGCCUUGUGACAUGAGGAUUCCUUUUGACAAACAGGACAAGCUGCAUGGCUGCCUUGAGCACCUUUUCAACCAGGUUGAAUCGAUCAACUGCCUCCUCAAAGGAUCUGUUAUGACUAAGGCCUGUGAGGAGACCAAGCACUUUUACUCGGACCACAGCCAGCCAGAGUUUCGUCAGACAGAAGACUGGACUGCCCGUAGUCGUUAUGUCAUCCACAAGAACAUCCAGGAGGACCCCUGGAACUUGCCCCACUCCAUAAAAAGCCUGGUGGAGAGCCUGCAGAGAUUUGUGGAUGAUGGGAAGAACCAGCUUCUUCUGGCUCUGCUCAAAUGCACAGACACGUCUCUUCAGCUCCGACGGGACGUGAUCUUCUGCCAGGCGGCGACCAGCGCCCUGUGCACGCUGGCUGAGCAGCUGCUGACGGCCAUGCGGCUGCGGUACAACAAUGCCGGCGAGUACCAGGAAGACAGCAAGGAGACCAGCCGCAAGUGGCUAGAGCAAAUAUCAGUCAUUGGGGUUUUGCUGCACUUCCAGUCCACACUUGCUCCGCACCUGAAAGCGGAGCGCACCAUGCUGGAAGACACCAAGGCAGCCCUGCUGGACUUGGACAAAGUCACGGUGUUCUUCAGGCCACUGGAAGAUGAGUGUCUGGUCGCAAAUACUCCCGUGUGCUACCAGGUGGAGGGCAGCAGGCAGGCCCUGAGGGUCACCAUGUACCUGGACAGUUGUCACUUUAGCGAGCUUCCCAGUCGGCUACAAAACGGAGGCAGCCUCAAGCUCCACACAGUCCUGUUUUCCAGAGCCCUGGAGCGCCCAGAAGGAGUAUCCCCGCAGGACUACGUGGACAUGGAGGAGUUCCAACAGCGCAUCAAUGCUGUAUCGCUGGAGAAGGUCAAGGCCUAUUACCGCAGACUCAGGGCUUUCUAUUUGGAGAAGUCUAACCUGCCUACAGACUCCAACUCCACAGCAAUGAAAAUAGACCAGAUACUGGGCCUUGAAGUUAGAGACCUGCAGCCAAGCAUUUCCAAACUGCUGAGACCCCUCAACACACUGGACGACCUCUGUCGACUAAUGCAGUCGUAUGUCAACGUGCGUCCGAGUGCCCAGGGCCACCAGUCAGGCGUCAGCGUGCUGUGUGUGUCAUCCGAACUGUGCAACCGCCUGGGAGCCUGCCACAUCACUAUGUGUGGCACAGGCAUGCAGAGAUGUACGCUGAACGUGACCCUGGAGCAGGCGAUGAUCCUGGCCAGGAACCAUGGCCUCCUGCCGCGCUGCAUCAUGCAGACCAUGGACAUAAUGAGGAAACAGGGGGCGAGGGUGGAACUCUCUGCUAAAAAUCUCAAAGUAAUGGACCAGAUGCCGCCAUCGGCUCCAAGGCUCUUCAAGUUGUGUUUGCCACCAUCAGAUGGAGAACUCUGAGAAUGCUUCAGGGAAUCAUAUCACAGGGAGGGUGGAUGCAGAAGUGGAGGAUAUUCAGAGAGGAUGGCUUUUAUUCUCAUCUCUUCCUCUCAGUCUGACACUGCCAGUAAAAACAAGGGCCAUCCCAGUGUGUGUGUGUAACACCAGUGUACUCAGUACAAGCUAAGAAAGACUGUUCAAGCAAACAAAUCAAGGGACUAAGGACCAACUAUAGAGAUAUAAGUCUACAUAUAAGACUUUUACAGCCAGAGACCCAGGACUGGUCAUGUACAUUUUGAAAUGCUCCCAGAAAGUAUUAUUAUGUUGGCUGUCUCCUGACAUAAAGCUCACCCUAAUUAACAGAUGGUAAGACGGCAAUGUUCUCAGUGAUUAUGCUCAUAAAGGAGCUCGUGUUAACUGCAUUAACCAAACUACCUGCAUUUGACCAACGUCUUGUAUAACGAUCUUACCCACUUUGCCUUGGACUGCAAACUCUAGAGAGCUGCCUCGCUCUGUCUGUAUGCUCCGGUGUUCCCCAGGGCUCAGAGUUCGGACCACAAGUGAAGAAGAACAUUUUACUAUGCUGGUAGAUGCAGAAAGUCAAAAAGACAGAGACAUGGAAGUAGGGACCGAAGGGCUUGAUUAAAGGGGGGUGGGGUGGGGUGGGGGGGUUGGGGGUGGCUGGAUUUGCUUAUCUUAGCCCGUUGCAUGUGGUGACUGUGCAAUUACUGUAGGUUUAGUGUAAGUACUGUAUUACUGCACAAAAUGAAGGAUAGCUAUUUAUUAUGUCCAGAAGGAGCGUUUUUAUCGCUUACUUACUCUCUAUCAGGUAUUAAAGAGUCUAAAAUCAUUCCAGCCUACAUAUUGAUCAGUAUUUAAAGGACCAAUGGCAUGCCAUUUUUUUUUUAGAUGUACCUGCUUGUGUGUUUCCUUUUAUUUAAUUGUGUGGAAUUUGAUCUUGUCAGUAUUUGUUUGAUUAAUAAUCAGGGCAUGUAAGGGAUGUAGUUACUAAAGCUUGCUAUUGCAAAUCAGACAAAGAGGUAAAACAAAGAAACCAAGUCAAAAGGCUACUUUACUGAAUCUCUUAAAAUAUUAAUUUAUUAAUCUAAAUUCACUUGUUGAAAGUUUGCCUUGUGUUUUCUGAAAUCUGACUUUUAAAUUGGCUUUUAUGGUUUCCCGUUUACUGUAGGUGUUCUGAAAGAAGCACAGUGAUUGGUCCAUUCAGUGUUAGCACAAAGAACUGUGAUCCGUUUUCGGUUAAUGUAAACAAAGGGAUGGUUUUGAGGAUUGAAACACAGUAACAUUAGCUUACUGGAGAUUUUAUUUUCUUGUAAAUAGACAUGUAACAUUGUCAGAGCAGAAGACCGUGCAUCUGUUACAACGGCAGAAUAAUGCUAUAAAUUAUAUUGGAUUAUUUUUUAUGGAAAUAAUGUAGUACAUGAAAACAUAUUUUGUAUUGGUGACGGUGCAUUUGAAGAGACACUGCCUGUCUGAUUCCAGCAUAACCUCAACUGCAGCUUGUUUUUUUGACUGUUAAAAAUGCUCUGCUCGCACAUCCAUAACCUCUUAUUACAUGCUGCAUUCAUUACGCAGAUUUCUGUUUACUUGAAAGCGGCCCGAUUCCUUAUUGGCAUGUUGCUUUGAUCUCGCCUUUCACCCGUAGCUCGACUCAUCCAUCAGUUUACACAGCAGACAAUGGAGGUAAUUGUAUCAGCUGUAUAAUCCCGACUCUGUACUGGAGCAAGGUAAAUGUAAAUUUCUGUUGUCGCAUCAUAAACUGGAACUUUGUGCGCGUUACCAGUCCAGAUCAGGUAAUGAACGCAGCAUGUUGGUGCAACUGGACAAACACGUUGUCUAAUUCAAAUGUUUUCUUUUGUAUAUAUACUUUAUCUGCUGUUUUGUUGCUUGAAAAUAACUGUACAAAGAUAUUCUUUUUGUUGAAUCUUUCUAAAAUUAUUGUAAAUGACAUCUUAACAAGUUAGUAAAUAAAAUGUUCUCGUCA